AUGAACUACAUAGUGAGUCAGCCAAAUGGCCAUGAGCGAACGGGAAAAGUAAAAUGUCAAAAGUAAAUUAACAUUUCUGAGUAUUUUGGAAAAUGAAAGAAAUACAACGGGGACUAAUGGUGGCAAUGUCUCAAAAUCAUCACUGACUUGCUACAUAUAUUUCCGGGGAAUUUUUUGUGUAAUCUGCCUGAAAUUAAAGACCCGCGGAAAAAUGUUUUCAUGAAAAGUAAAAACGGACAGGUUUCCCUUUAUAACCUGCUGAUUUCUCCCGCCAGAGGCUGCAUAUGAAAACAUCAGUAUCCCAUUCAGUUACGUAAGAGUUUAACCGGUAAAUUGAAACACGCGCUGACUGUACCGUAAGUAUCAAAUACUCCAAGAGGUGUAGUUUGAGUUUAUUCUCACAGCCAACGAAUAGCCGAACCUUUUAUUAGUCAAAUUUGAGUUUCGUACUGUAAAUUCCUACAAAUUGUCGAGUAAACGAAGAUCUUUAAUUUACCGUAUGGACCAAGAAAACCAGGCUAAUAAUAUACUCAUCUUUUUUUUCUUUCUUUGGAAUAGGAAGUAGGUUUGUCGUUAAGGAUUUCACAGCCUUAAAAAAUUGAUAGAUUACUGGGCAAGGUUAACAAGUUGAAAAAUGUGAUCUAAACUACAUCUCGGUUACCUAGAGUAAACAUUUUUGUCGAGAUUCAGAGGCAACUGUCGACGAAGCACAAUUGAUGGAAGAGAAAAGAUCUUUGACUCGUACAGUGAGUUAUGAACCAAACAUGGAACAAUUACAGAACAAGAAAUCAAUUUGUCACCGAUUAAUCGAUAGAUUUUCUCAAACACUGUCACUCUGAAAACACAGGCGAUUUUUCUACCAAGUCGUGCAUGAAACUUGUUGUUUUCAUAUUCGCGACGUGCCCCGGCGAAAAAUUAAAUAUAUAACAAGAUUUUUUAGUGACAAAUGUCUAAAUCAUUAAUAUCGCUCAUCAAGUAUAAUUCCCCGGUAUGAACCGGAACAACAAAAUCAAUACGCAUGUUAUUCACUAUGUGAUCUACACGGUACAGUAGGAGCUGACGGUCUGUCGGCCUUGGGCUACGUUUCAGUGCAGUUGCCAAUUGUUUGGACUGGCUGCACUCAAAGUAGUGCUACAUAAGCAAGGAAGUUUUAUUUACCGUUUAGGUAAAACCGUACAUACCGGGAUAGUUUGUAGCAGAAAUAAAUGGAUAUAAACUUUAAAACACCAAAUAAGUUUCAGUAUAGAUAUUCUAGGACAGCAAACAGAAAAUAAAUUGCUAAUAUAAAUCGUUUUCUUCGCGACCACAGUCAAACCAGAACAAGCGGCCGACCUAACGUCAUUGUUUUUGAAAUAGCGAUUUAAGAAGCGAAGACUGAAAACGCUUUAACAUGAAAAUUCCUCCCACCUUAAAAUUUUACUUCUCUAGUUGGAACAUUAAGAAAAGGAAAAAACGUAAGGAGAAAACCUUUAUAAAUUAUUUUUCAAAACCAAAAAAUAUUAAUUUGAAAUAUUUGUUGUUUAAGUUCACAUUAUUUUCACGUGUUUCUUUGCUAAAAGAAGGCCUGACGGUAUAGGUUGCAGAUGAGAGUUUCCUUGCCACCCGAACGGAAAAUUUUGUUCGCAAAGUGCUCGUCUCACUUUAGAGCCUUUUUUAUGUAGUGUCGGAACUCGCUGACUUUUGGACGGACAUUGGAAAGAACUGUUUAUAGAAUUGAACUUCACGAUUUAUUUGCCAAAAAUAACCGCCAAAGAAAUUUUUAACUAAAAAAAAUUUGCCUCGGGAUGAAUUGAUCAAAAAUCCAGCUGUGAGCUUAAGUUCUAUUCCCAUAUAGUUGCAGUACCUAGUGUGCGCUCUGCGUUUCCUGCAAUAUGUGGACUGAUAAGUCCUAUUUACCCUUUGCAUAAUUUCUCUGUUAGACAAACAAGGAAUGCUACCCGUACAAACGGCCGGCGUUAAGUGGGUUUUCCGUCUACAUCGCACUGGAAUUUCCAACGAACGGAAAACGGACAGUUCAAAAACCGCGCAUUCCGCAUAACGGAACAUGUCCCUGCCUAACCCCCAUUGCUCGUGCAUAUUCUUACUAGUUGAUCGCACAGGUUUUGACGGAUGUAACAAGGCCUAUCCUACUCAACAGUUUAUUACAAAUACCUCCUGAAAUCGGGGCUACAUCGAAGCCAGUCAGUGAGAUAUAUAGAGAAGCUCGCCAAAAGGUAAUUCAGCUGAUCAAUUUUGAGUCUUACUGAUUUAAAUGGAUUGAAGUUAUGCCUUAAAACGCGACCGAAUAGAAACUGUGCCCUUUUAAACCAUUUUUCGCAUUGAGAGUGCUUUUGGGCGUACCUGGCUGAUUUUUGCCCAUUAAGGAGCCUAAUCGGCCCAUACAAUUCGCCUUUAUUUGCACAUAGUAUAGACUGUUUAUAGAUCCUUUAUUUUCUAACGUGUUUAAUUUUUAAAUUCAAAAGAUAUAGUAGUACACAGUUCGCUAAAUCUAAAUGGUUGAUUACAUGACCAUGUUCGCUUCGGCCGAGAUAAAAUUUUAUCCCCGCAUUUACUCCCGCAUACCGGGAUUCCAGCUAACGGGGCUGGCUGGGUUGUCAUGUACAGUAACUGACAAAAAUGAUCCGGCGCGAUUCCCGCUCGGCAAACAGGACCAGCCCGACGCUUGUAUUCAACCCCCUUAUGCUAGCUAGCUUUUUGUUAAUUAAAAUUUUGGUCCAUGAAAAAGUUAUGCGGAGCUUGUAAGCAGACUGAGAAAAUCCACAAAGAAUUCAAAAGACACAGUCAAAUAUCCGACUUCUCAUUUAACUGACGGUAGUUAAAUCAUUCGUAACUGAAAACAUGUUUUGAUUAUUGUAAUCUUUGCUUGGAGAGUUUUUUUGUUGUUGUUGUUUUUUCAUAUACCAGAGUCUGAGUCGUGGCCUAUUCAUCUGCUUUUAGCAGCAGGGACACACCUAGCUAAUAAGCUAGGACUGGCUUCAACGAACCCCACCUAGGGACGUAAAUUUUCAAAAGCUAUUUCAGCCUCACGAGAUGCAGCGUUUCUAACGCCGCUUUGGGCGUGUUGCUUCCCCUUCAUUUCCUUUUUGUUUACUGAAUGCUAGCAGCAUUGCUGUAAAUAUAGUUCUGUUUCACCCGACCACCAACAAUUUAAUAUUAGUUCCCCGGGAUUUUCCCAUAAAUUUCGGAUAAGUGUGAGCUGCUGAAAGUCUGAAACGCUCUGAUUGAUGAGACAAUAUGGCAACGCGGCGUACAAACCUUUAUUAAGUCGUGUAUUGGUCAGGAGUAACGGAUGAUUCGUUUCUCGUGCGAAGCUAGGCAUUUACAUACUUGAAUUUAAGCUGAUAAAAUUUAGUUACCCUAUCUAGGGAUCACAUCGAAGCUACGCAAUGCCAACAAGGAAAAGAAUGGAAUUAAGGAUGGAGACCCUCGAAAACCAGUGUGUUAGACUCGGCAAACGAGAGUGCCUAGGUGUUUGAUCAUAAACCAACACCGCAGUAUUUCAGAAUUGUUGUUUUUUCUUUUACUAGAUAACGGCAACUGAUAAACACGUGGUCUGAAAACUAUGAGGCUUUCAUAAAGUAAGCGCAAUCCCCAGUUAGUUAGAAUGUGGACACACCCAGCCAAGCGCCUCCUGCAAUCUGAAAUAACAUGUUCUUCGCCUUUAACCGUCAGAUUUAUAUUUUAUGCCUUGAACCCUAGUGUCCUGAUCGUUUGUGUUACCUCAGUUGCAAAAUCAUGUGUUGUAUUUGUGACCCCCAAAAAAAAAAAAAAAAAAAAACCUGGUGAAAGUUGAUAACAUUACAAGACCAUUGUCAAAACUUGGAAGAGCAGUUUUUGAACAAUUAUUUGAUGAUUUUUUUUUGUGUGAUAUCGAGAAAAAUCAAUAUUUUGGAUAUCACAAAUAUCGAAUCUAAAAACACGGAACACAUUUUGUCUGACUGAUUGAUCUUGGAAAUCUUGUAUUGCGCGCGCAACCUACGGAUUAGUCAUUUAUCUGCGGCAGAUAACUGAGUAAUUUGUAGGUAUCCACAGUUAACUGUAACCUCUUAGCCAAUUGGAAGACAAAUAGUGAGUACAAUGUACGGUAUAAUAAGUUUAAAAGACCGCUUUUCUUUCGGAGUAUCUCUACAUUGUUGUCGUCCUGUAAAACGUACGUAAAUAGCCGGCUGGAACCACUGUCUCUUCUCGGCGAAGAGGGUGAGUGUAUGUUGUUCAAAGACGCUCUUAUUACUCUAAAACCUUUUUUAUAAGAGAUCAGGCCCUUGAAGUUGAACAAAAGUAUAACAAGUUUAUCUUGCAUCCUGUAUACUGACAUGUAGGGACGUCAGUAACAACAUAUAUGGUUAAACUUAACCAUUCUGAAACUCUAUAUCACGUAACUAAAUAACAUGUUAAGAACCCGUUCCUGAUCUAAGCAAAAAUAAUAAUAAUAAAGCUUCAGAAAAGCUUUCAGUCCACGUUUAGACGUUCUAAGCAUAAAAUUGUUGGAAAAAGAAUCUUUUUGGUGUCGUCACCCAAUGGUUUCUAACUCCUUCGAUGACAGACGUUUUUUACGGGGCGACGGCAACCGAAGUCAAAUUUACUUCCGAUCCACGUUUCCCGUUUAUGAUUUUCGUGCUUUUAUAUCAUUUUGCCUGCGAUGUUUUGCACUUAGUGAUACGUAAAAUUUUAUUCUGUCGUUUUGGCGAUUGUAGGAGCGAUUGUCGUGUAUUACAGGUCUGUUUUUUUUAACUUUUUAGGCUCUAUAGCGUGAAGAUGGCUACAAAAAACAACCUGUAAUGGAAUGGACAGAUGACCAUGACAUUCUCCUGUUGCGUGAAAUGAUUGCUACCGAAUUUUUUCAGUGCAAGAAAGGCAGUUGGCAAAAUUCAAUCCAGGAAAGAUUCGAUAAUCCAAAAUUUUGAUUGAGACCGAUGGAAUCUGCUUCAGGCCAAGUUUAAACGCACGCAACGAGAAGAGCUACAAGCCAGUGGCAUUGAUUGCGAGUUAUCUGAGAAAGA